AAAGUAUACUAUGAGUGAUAUCAGUUCCACAAAAUCAAGUUAUGAGAGCCUGGAAGACGAGAGAGCUCAACUCAUUGAUUUAUCCGAUCUGUUACCAGAUGGUUUAAGCGUGAAAAAACACAACAAACGAUGGGGCAUCCUGAGCAUAAUAUGUUUGAUAAUGUUUAUGGAAAUUUUCAAUACUACCCACCAGGACACGUUGAAAGUACAACCUCGACAAAUACAUCAAGUUUUGACCCGCUCAAAGACUUUAAGAAAACAUGGGAAGUUAUUAAGGAACCUACUUUCAUGCUGAUGUUCGUUGAGUACAUUUUAUUUCUGGGAGGAGCACCUUUCAUCUGCAUUCUGUCAUCAUCAGUCGUUUUGCAAUCUUUUCCAGAGAAGACAGACAAAUCGCUGUCAAUGAUGCUCUGUGUUGCUUACGGUGCGGGAUGGGUGACUGUCAUAAUAGCAGGACGAGUUUUGGAUAGAAUCAAAAGAAAACACAAUGUUUUAAUAGUGAGUAUCAUUGCCUCAGAUUUUGGAGACGCCCUUUGUUCGUAUGGACUCUACUUUCACAACUAUUAUUAUGUAUUCGCCGGAUAUGUCAUAAAUUCAAGUUUUAGAGACGUUAUGUACCUUUGUGUUGUUCACGCAAACGUUUGCAAAAUGGCACGCGAUGAACCAGUUGCCAGAAUUCGGGUUUUUCUUCUCCUUACAUUAACACGGGCAGUGACACCUUUGCAUGCUCUUUUUGUGAGAUUUAUACUUAAUUACGCUGGAGCGCCUGUUUCAGUACUUUAUCCCGUACUACUGGAAAUUUCCCUAGGAAUUCUGCAUGUAAAUCGCCAGGAAUGAGCAAACGCCAUUACAGCUUCAUAGUUUCCAGCGCUAUAGAUUAUCAACUUAAUGAAAAUUGUAUAAUCUGAGCCCAAACAAGUCUAUUUUCUUGUUAUCAGAAAUUUUUGUGUCUUUUUAAUACAAAUUAUUAAGAUCACUGCAGAGGCAUCGGACUCCGCUUUUUGAAACAUAUGAAUCAAGAUUUCAGGCACAAGAUAACGCGAGGGGACACUUUGCUCUAGAUCAGGGAUGGCGAACCACUGACCCGCGGGUCACAAAGUGACCCACCGCGUUUUAUUCGUGACCCGCCAAAGCACGAAUAAAAUAAUAAAAAAAAUGCUAACAUAUCAGUGAUAAAAAUUGAUAAAACCGGCCUUAAAAUAAUUCAACAAUACCUAAACUAUUAUAAUAUAACGUCAGUUGGGCAGACAGGGCCGCGAGGGCUCACAUUCAAAUUGUUAAUUUCGGGCCGGUAUGGUAAUUUUCAAAACCCCUAAUCUUGGACGCAUGUCUGCACCGCUGUGAACCAUUAUUCAGCUAUUGGCUCUGACAUCGUUUAUGAC